AUGACACAGCUGCAUCCACCUAUUCCUUUUUUAGAGUGGUUUUACGAUCUUGAGCUGUCUCCUCAUCCUCUCAAGAUCCUGCAGGUGCCCAACGCUGGGGACACCCUUCCGCCCGGUGCAGCACGGCCUGUAUCUCGACACUUGCCUGGGGAGAUGGAGGAUGAGGAUGCUGAAGUCUCCAUGGUGUCCACCGCCACUGGCACGCGUGGACUCGCGGCAGGAAGUGCCGGUGCCGCUGCGAGUCCCAGUGCAGUUUCGACGGCGACGGUGGGAGCACCGACACGCUCGCAGAUUCCACAUCCCAAGCAGAGAAUUGGCAACAAACCAGGUGGCGACAAGUCCGAGUCCUACGAGAAUCGAGAGGAAGGAGGCUCCGGCCGUUUGGGUGACGAGGAGGAAGACUCCAUGCCACUACUGGCAGGUCUUUUGGGCCCACCGGGCUUGAGCGUUGCUUGGGCACCCAGAGAAGUCGGAAGGUGA